CACGAUUCUUGUUGCCUUUUUUUCUUUGGGGUGGAUCAUUCGUUUUUAAUCAAUCGGUGGCUUUAUCACAUCCAUCGUUUUGCCUCGCCAAUGGAGAAGGGAAAAAAAAAGGAGGCUGGACGUAUAAAAAUAUACAAGGUAAAUUGCGGAUUGGGCGACGCUAUUGGCACCGAUGGCAAAGCGGUACGGAUUCCUUGCUCCGUAUUGAUUAGACCCCCUUAUUGUGUAUUGAAGCGGUUGUCUCCAUCUUCGGGUAAAUGCAGUUUAAUCUUUUUUACAUAUCGCUCAAGUGAAUUGAUAUCAUGAUGUCUUUGGCUAUUUUUAUCACUCAUCAUGCAAUUUCCGUGGCCACAAUGACGUAUCCUGAUGGAAUGGUACUCGCGUAUUGGUCAACUUGUGUGAUCAGCAUGAAAAAAAUAGAAAGUGGCGAUUUCCAAGAUCAGCAAUGCAAGUUUACUUUCUUCCAACCAUACUGGGUUUUGCCAGCGCCAUAUUUAUGUAGUUUCCUAAUGAUUAUUGCGUUAUUGAAUGUUUCGGACAAUGCAAGAAAGCAUAAAGAAUCAUGCAAUGAUCUGUGGACCUACAUCGAGAGAAAGAGAAGACGAAAAAAACAAACCCGAGGGUGCUUUUAAAGCAAGAGAAUCCAAGGCCCAUCGUAUAACCGAUCAAUAUUUGUUCCCGCUUUUUUAUCAUGCCAUUUAAAAAUCUCCUUUCUAUGUCAAAAACAUCUUUUUGCAUGGAUCGUGGAAAAUAUGGAUCUUCACACAUGUUUAUCAGCCCACCCUUAGCUCCACUGAAAAGAGUAGAUAAG